UUCAUCAAAAUUCCUUGGCUCAAAAACAGAAAAACACAAACAAAUGGGGAGAGGGAAGAUCGAGAUCAAGCGGAUUGAAAACUCAAGCAACCGACAAGUCACUUAUUCAAAGAGACGAAAUGGGAUAAUCAAGAAGGCUAAAGAAAUCACUGUUCUUUGUGAUGCUCAUGUUUCUCUUGUUGUUUUUGCUAGCUCUGGCAAAAUGCAUGAGUAUUGCAGCCCUUCUAUGCAGUUGGUUGAUAUCUUGGAUAAGUAUCAUAAGCAAUCUGGGAAGAGGCUGUGGGAUGCUAAGCAUGAGAAUCUGAGCAACGAAUUGGACAGAGUCAAGAAGGAAAACGACAACAUGCAGAUUGAGCUGAGGCAUCUGAGAGGGGAAGAUAUAACGUCUCUCAAUUACAAGGAGCUAAUGGCUCUUGAAGAAGCUCUUGAAAAUGGCCUCAUUGGUGUUCGUGAAAAGCAGUCGGAGUUCAUGAAAAUGAUGAGGACAAAUGAAAGGAUGAUGGAAGAGGAGAAUAAGCGGCUGAACAAUGAGCUGUACCAAAAGGAGAUGGAAGCCAUGGGAGAAUGUGUGAGAGAAAUGGAUAAUGGAUACAAUCAGAGAAUGAGGGAUUUCAAUUCUCAGAUGCCUUUUGCCUUCAGAGUGCAGCCUAUUCAGCCAAAUCUACAAGAAAGGAUAUAAUUACCAUAUAAUAUAUAUAUGUUAUCAUUAUCAUAUAACUUUUAAGCUAAUGUUUUAAAACUAUAGGUUAUAUUAUGUUAUCAUAUGAUGAAAACUUUGGAUAUUGUUAAAGCAUUUUAUCUUAAUUUUAAUUGCUUGUAUACGACAUUCUAGAGGUAAAACGGUGAAUAAAUUAUGAUUCGUAUACAACA